AUGCUGACCCUCAACUCGACAAGACAGACGCUGGUUUCGGGCGCACGUAUGCUGUCCACCUCGGCGGUGCGUAACGAUCUGGCACGCAUGCAGGUCCUAGGACGCCUCGCUGCGGACCCGGAGCUCAAGACGACCAAAAACGGCAAGGACUACGUCCGAUACACGGUGGCGACCUCGGACCCACCCACGGGCCCCGCCGAGGACGGCGAGCGCGCUCCUACUACCACGUCGUACCACCGCUUCUACGUGUUUGGCGAGCGGGGCGUCGACAGGAUGAAGAACAUCAAGAAGGGUUAUCGCGUGCUGGUGGAUGCCGAGUUCAGGAUCGAGAGGACGCCUGCGGAGGGCGAGCUGCCGGCCAAGGACACGCUGCUUGCUCUGCACCGUGGUAUCCAGGUCAUCGCCAAGCCCAAGGAAGCCGGCGAGGCUUAG